UCUUGGGAGUGGAUUUUUCUAUUUCUUGCGCAGGCACAGCCUUGCUCUUUCUAUGAGCUGCAUCUCCAUCCCAUCAUCCACAUCUCUCACAUCACAACACUUCUCUUUCUACCAAGACAUCUAUCAGCUCAGAGCUUCUUAAUUCAGCUACAUCGCUGCUUAAUACGAGACUAUCCACUUGGCAUAAUUUUACAACCAAAGUAAGUUUCAUCUUCUCCUCUCUGAACCGGUUGAUGCCAUCUGACCAUCAGCUCCAGAUUACCUACCAUUCAUCCACCAUGCCUCCCAAGAAAGCAACGGGCUCCGACACCGCCUCCAUCAGCGGCCUCAGCGAGACCGAAUUCCGCUUCAUCAAAGCCAUCUUCGACAACAUGACCCAAAAGCCCGACGCCGACUGGGACAAGGUCGCCGGCGACCUAGGCCUCAAGGACGCAAAAUGUGCCAAGGAGCGCUUCCGCCAGAUGUCUGUCCGCCACGGCUGGCGCCCCAGCGCCCAGGCCGCUGCGCCGGGCAGCAGUCUCGGCAAGGGGAAGAAGGGCAAGGAUGUCACUAGUCCUUCUGGUGAUGGCAAGGUGACCAAGAAGCCAAGAGGGAGAACCCCGAAGAAGGCGGUUGUCAAGAAGGAUGAGAGUGAGGAUGACGAUGAGAAGAAGAGCGAAGAGGAUGACGAUGUUAAGAUGGGUGUGAAGUCGGAGGAUGAGGAUGGUGUUCCUUUUUGAAGAGACUUCGAGGGGGGUUUUUAUUUUGUCAUUGCCGCCGGUAUUGCUGC